AUGGCGAUUCUGAUCAGUGCUCUACCUGCUCUUCCAGAGCAGCACGGAAGGAUUGUGCCUCAUCAUUUUGGCAUCUCUGGAUCCAUCGAGACUGGCGGUGAGAUUGUAGAAGAACUUCAAUCUCCGUGCACCGUCGAUGGUAAGAUCUUUGUGGCGGUUGGGAAAGAAUUGAAAGAGAACAUAUCCACUCUACUAUGGACGCUGAGGAACUCAAGAGGGGAGAAGAUAUGCAUCCUUCAUAUUCAUCAGCCGGCACAGUUGAUACCUAUGGUGGGUGCAAAGUUUCCAGCAAGCAAAGUGAAAGAAGAGGAAGUUAGGGCAUAUCGACAGCUAGAAAGGCAAAAAAUGCAUGAUAUUCUAAAUGAAUACCUCGCACUAUGCACUAAUCAUGGGAUAUUGGUAGAGAAGGUAGUCAUUGAAAAUGAUGAUAUCAAGAAAGGAAUUGUAGAGCUCAUCGCUCAGUAUGGAAUCAAAAAGCUUGUCAUGGGAGCAGCGGCAGACAGGCACCAUUCAAAGCGAAUGACAGAGCUCAGAUCCAAGAAAGCAAUCUUUGUGCGCCAAGAAGCGCAUGGUUCCUGCCAUAUAUGGUUUGUCUGCAAGGGGUUUCUCAUCUAUGAAAGGAGAUUUACAAUAGAAUCAAUUCCAAGCAGGGAAAGUAGUAUGACGUGCAACGGAUCAGAGGUAUCACCUCCCAUUCUUCCAGCCAGUCCAAUCUUAGAUGGAAUGGGCCAAAGGGAAUACAUGAAAUCCCUAUCCUUUCCACAGGCACAGAACAAUCGUGUAGCACUUGCAAACCUGGAUAUAAAUAGCUUUCAACAAGCAAGAUCCGUGCAAAGUAGCACUCAUGGAGGAAUAGUUACAGCAUUAUCUUCUCCGUCGGGGUCUGGAGUACUGCCAAAACCACGGACACAAUUGCGUAGGGUCGAGAUUGAAGGUGAAGUGGAAGGAACAUCAAGGAGCGCUUCUCAGGGUUCAGAGGAUUUGCCAUCGUCUUCAAAUGAAGAAGCAUCAAUUGGCAUCUCAGACUCAAUACUGGAAGAAGGAAAAGGAAAUGCUGAUAUGUACGAUCAAAUGAAAAAGGCCAUGGCGGAAGCUACCAAUGCAAAGAGAGAAGCAUAUGAAGAGUCUAGAAGGCGUCAAGUAGCAGAAAGAGCCGCACUGGAGGCUAAAUGCACGGCCAAUGAGUCAGAGACGUCUUACAAGAGGGAGCAGAAGAAAAGGAAAGAAAUCAAGGAAUUACUUGCGAAACAAAAACAGGAACUGGAAAACAUGAAGAGCCACCGAGACCAAGUGAUGGAAGAACUUCGGAUAGCUCAAGAACAGAAGUCAGAGCUGGAGCAGAAAGUGGAGGAACUGGAGCAGAAGAUCGUAUCAGCUGUGGAGCUGUUGAUAAACCUUAAGAAUGAACGAGAUGCCUUGCUGGAAGAGCGUGACCAUGCAGUCAGAGAAGCUGAGGAGCUGAGAAAAAGGAGAGAAGAGCAGGCUGCAAUGUCGCAAAGCUUCCAGUUCGUUUCCGAGUUCUCUUUCUCAGAGAUUGAAGAAGCAACUCACAACUUCGACCCGUCCUUGAAGGUCGGUGAAGGGGGGUACGGAAGCGUCUUCAGAGGACUCCUUCGUCACACCCAGGUGGCUAUAAAGAUGUUGCACUCUAAUAGCUCUCAAGGCCGCAUGGAAUUCCAACAGGAGGUGAACGUUUUGAGCAGGAUGAGGCAUCCAAAUCUCGUUACUCUGAUCGGCACCUUCCCAGAAGCUUGGUCGCUCAUAUACGAAUACCUCCCCAAUGGGAGCCUUGAAGACCGAUUGACUCGGAGGGAUAACACUCCUCCUCUGUCAUGGCAAACACGGACCCGCAUUGCCGCAGAAGUAUGCUCAGCACUUGUGUUCCUCCACUCCAACACCCCUCAGAGGAUUGUCCAUGGAGACCUCAAGCCUGCAAAUAUCCUCCUCGAUGACAAUUUCGUGAGCAAGCUGGGUGACUUCGGGAUCUAUCGCUUAAUCCCUUCUGGGGGGAACUCUGCCCACGCCUCCAUGGCCAUGCAAUACCACCGGACCAACCCAAAGGGCACCGUCGUUUAUAUGGACCCUGAGUUCGUCGAGAAAGGAGAGUUGACACCGAUGUCAGAUGUCUACUCGUUUGGAAUUGUGUUGUUAAGGCUUUUGACCGGGAGACCAGCCAUGGGAAUAGUCAAAGAGGUGCAGUAUGCGAUAGAUAAGGGAAACUUGAAAGCAGUAUUGGAUGAAUCGGCAGGGGAGUGGCCUUUUGUGCAGGCAAAGCAGUUGGCUCACUUGGCGCUGAGGUGCUGUGAGAGGAACCGAACGAGCAGGCCCGACCUUGCAAAUGAGGUGUGGAGGGUGCUUGAGCCCAUGAGAGCUUGUUGCGGAACUUCGUCGUCAUUCCGCCUACGUUCUGGGGAGCAUUGCCGGGUUCCAUCCUAUUUCAUUUGCCCCAUUUUUCAGGAAAUCAUGCGAGACCCGCAUAUAGCAGCAGACGGAUAUACAUAUGAAGCCGAAGGGCUGAAAGCAUGGCUGGACAGUGGCCAUGAUGACACUUCACCCAUGACGAAUCUUAAGCUUGCCCACCGGAAUCUUAUCCCCAACCACGCCCUCCGCUCUGCAAUUCAAGAGUGGCUGCACCAGCCUUGAAAUUUUACCUUUGUAUCUUCGUUUCUUUCAUUUUUCAUUUACAUGUUUCCAUCAUAUUACAAAUAUUUGUGUCUGUGUCUCUUUUGUGUUUUCAGUAAUGCCAAAAUGGUGGUGAUACGUUGAGUCCAAGGUGUCAAAAAAAUCUUGGGAUCCAGAAACUGGUAAAAAUUGAGAGAAUACUCUCUUUACAGGUCUCUCUUAAUUCACGGCUAUUCCGCUGCUCAAAUGUUAAUGAACCCCACUGCACCUUUUAAAGAAUAAAUGAGUCAUCGGUGCUCUCCAUCUCUGUUUUUAAUACACCGCUUGCCAUCAUCCCUUUAAACCAUACCUGGUAUGUCACAGACGCUAGCAGAUCUGACGAAUUAUAGCUCUAAAACCUCAAGAAACCAGCAUCAAAAGCCCCUUUCGUCUUGGACCGUCCGAUCUCGACCGCGAAUACACAGACAUACAAAGAGAAAUAUAUACUAGAGCGACGGAGAGGGAAGCAGAUGAGCUCAACCUUGUGAUUAGCCCUUCAGUCCAAGCUCCCUAGCAGCUAGCUGGACGAGCACCGCUCUAAGAAAUUGAGAAGAAACCAUACCUGGUAUGAAGAUUUGGGCACAGACACUAGCAGAUCUGACUCUAGACCAAGUUCUUUACUGGCAAAACAACAAGGAGAGUGGAUAUUUCUUGGCCGCUUUUGAUAGCCACCGGUAACACGUCACUGAAGACGAGUGAAACACCAACCCAUCGCUGAAGUCGUGGAAGAGAUCACCGGUGUAGCCACUGGCACUGAAGACGAGCGACGACGCAUGGUGCCGGAUUUGGCAGGGAUCUGUGGAGGGCUUGGAGGUGAGAGUGAGCUCUUUGAUGCCUGAGAUGAUGCUAUCAUUUUUAGUUCAUCGUCUUCUGUCUCGGAUCAACUGUUCAUAUGCGAAGGGCUCGGAGGUCGAUGGAUCAACUGUUAAUCAUCUUUCGUCUCUGAUCAACUGUUUAGUUCUCUCUCUCCACAACAACUAAUGAGUUUCUUCAGUAAAAUUUCUUUUUCAUGAAAAGGAAAAGAUUACCUGUAGAUGGAGAUUAACAAGCUGAUCAAUCUCCAUUCGUCUCUUGGUUUUCAGCGAAACUCACACUCAAACCACUGUCUCUACUAUCUGUCGACGGAGAGAUUUUAGGGAUGGUAUUUUAGGAAUGAA